CCUUUUUGAGGUUAAACGAAAGCAUUCUCGUAUCGUUUUUUCAAUUACAAAUUCCCUGUGAAUUGUGCAGCGGUAGCUUAAGAAACGAUUCCAACUGCGAAACGUUCUGAUUGCGAGCUUUAACAUCCUCGAUCUACAUAACCAGCUUUUUUUUUUGACAACAAUAUUGUUAGCCUGACUAUACCUGUUUCACUCGUUUUCUCCGCAUUUGUUUGCCGACUAGAGUGGCGUGCACAACGUUCCCCCCCACUAACUGUCUUACUUACCGUUGUCCUUCUUAUAGCGGUUGGGCUUUUUCUCUACGGACAUUCGCCAUCGUUUUCAUCCAGUCAGAAAGAAACUGCGACAGUCGUGCGUGUUGCGGGCUAGUUGAUGGUAGAAGGCUCAUUCAUCCGCUAACCGGAAUAGUUUCAAUCUCUUUAUUGGAAGAAGAGAUAUUAAAUUGCGAAUUGAAGAAUCGCUGGAACUGGUAGAAUCAAUCUACUUCCAAAACUCCUGGAAGAUGAGUUUUUUUUGGUCAUCUGGUUCGUCCCUGGUGGAUGUGCUUGCGUUUCCAACUUGGAUGGCAGAAGACAAGAGCGCGAUGUUAAUUCAAUUGUUAGCCACGGCUGCCGCUAUGUUACUCGUCUGGAUUGUGCAUUACAUCCUUUUCCGACCACUUAAUCGCAUCCGAGAUUUAUGCGACACUGGAUACAAGGAUCAAGUCAGGUGGGAUCGUUACGGGCGGACCAAAAUUCAGCUGGCCAAUGAAGCGAGACGCAAUAAGAAAGUGGGUGACGUCCCGCCCGUCUAUCCUAACGGAUGGUUUGCUCUGUGCGAAUCGGAAGACGUGAAGAACGGACACGUUCUGGCCGUCGAUGCUCUCGGCGAGAAUUUGGCCGUCUUUAGGACCGAAGAAGGCAAGGCGUGCGUCCUGGACGCGUACUGCCCUCAUUUGGGAGCCAAUAUGGGCAUAGGCGGACGAGUCGUCGGUGACUGCAUCGAGUGCCCGUUUCACGGCUGGCAGUUCAAUGGGCACGACGGCCAAUGCGCUUCAGUUCCUUAUUCGAAAGGAAAAGUUCCGUCGAACGCGCGAGUCAAGAAAUGGCCGACCCACGAAGUCAAUGGCUUCAUUUUCGUUUGGUAUCACGCCGAGUCGGACAAGAGCCUCGAACCGGAAUGGACCGUGCCCGAACUGGACGAGAUCAGUUCUGGCCGAUGGCAUUAUCGCGGACGAACUGAAUAUAAAGUCAACGUUCACAUUCAAGAAAUACCGGAAAAUGGCGCUGAUGUUGCCCAUCUGGGUUACCUUCACGGCCCGUCCAUGUUGUUUGGAUCUGAUUUGGGGGCCAUAACGAGGGAGGACGAUCGUAAAACGAACAGCUGGCCGCCUUUCUUACAUCACCACUGGGAAGUCGGAUGGAAAGGUCCCGAACCGGGAUCCCCUGAUUGGCAUUUGGCCGUCACGACUAUCAAACAUGAUUUGCGUCUUUUCGGACGCUUACCGUUCAUUCUGAUGGACGUUGAAGCCAAACAAAUCGGACCGGGAUUAGUUCAUUUGCGUAUGAACACUUCGCUGGGACGUUGCGUCUUGGUGCAAACGGUGACACCUGUCGAACCGUUUACCCAGCGAGUGUUGCACCGGUUGUACACCUCACCGACCGUCAUCGCACCUUACGCGAAACUCAUCCUCUGGGGCGAAGCCAUUCAGUUUGAACGGGACGUGGCCGUGUGGAAUCACAAAACGUACGUUAAAAAUCCGUUGAUUGUGUCGGAAGAUCGGACCAUUAGUCGACAUCGUCGUUGGUAUCAGCAAUUCUAUUCAGAGAAUUCACCUCGUUUGCAAACGAUCAUCGAAAAUAAAAAGGGAUCCCUCGAUUGGUGAUUGAAACAAUCUUUAAAAUUAUGUUUUUUUUAAACGUAAAUCUCUAUGUCUCGUCUUUUAAUUGUUAGCGUUGUA